UCUUGAUCGAAAAUGGCGCCUUAUUAAUUUGAAGGAUCGACGAUAUUAGCGACUUUUAUAAUGACUAGUGUUUCGAAACCCAAGGCUACCGCAGAUGACUUUGAAGAAGAAGCCGAACGAGCGUUUCAGCGUGCUUCCGCUCAGCAAAACCAUAAAGGAGAUGAAUUCGAUUUCGAAUUUGAAAGCGCUUUUCAAAGUACCACUCCAUCUUUUGAAACAAAACAUUUACCUACCACAUUAAAUUACUCUCGUGACAACUCAGAUUCUUCCCACCGUCCUUCUCAGCUCCCAGUUAAAACAGAGGGAUUGCCAAGCAGUCUUCCAUCAAGUCAAGGGUAAGAACAUAAUGACAGACUGUUUUAAUUUGAAGGACUUGUUUGUGUUUCAGUAUUAAAAUAUUGUACCGCUGCUUUCUCGUACACAUGUCGUUAUAUUGAACGCGUGAUGGCUGUUUGAUAGCUCAUAUAUUUUGUGGUUAAAAGUUACUGUAGAUCUCAUAGAAAAAACUAAGGUGAGUUCGUUUAAAUAGAGUCAAUAAAGAAAGUAAAUUACUUUGUUGAGCUUCCUUAUUUUGAAUAGAGCCAUUUGCUCAUUGGCUCCUGUUGCUUUAGUAAGCGUUUUUACGUUCGAAGAAGGUAAGGCGGUAAGAUUUUCGCACUUUCUAUUUCACACAAAUAGUUUACGGUAUGGGGCUGGGUGGAAAUAUUAGACCGAACAGCUGCUAAACCUCUCUAUGCUUCAAUAAAAGUUUCAUCCUAGUGUAACGUACCUAAGCACUACCAAGUAGAAUUUGCUCCAGAUAAGAGUGGGGACGUUCCAUGUUUUAUCGGCCCCAAGGAUGAAAGGUUUUCGAGCAAAGGGGUUCCGAUUUUUUCUUCAAUUUAGCCGACAAAAUUUGGACCCCUUAGACAAAUUUUUCAAAGUUGCCAACAACACAUGACCUCUUUGGACUUCAUAAUAGACCAUUUUACAGUUGUGGGCUUGGUGUCCUAGCCUUUGGGUGAAUGCAAGGUUGAGGUUGACCUUGUUUUGAUACAAACCUCCUUCCUUUUCUAAGGUAAAUUUUGCUUAAAAACACUAGUUAGCAUAACAACAACUUGAUUUACUUAAUGAAGCAAGAAGGGCUGUAUCGAAACAAGGUCAACUCCAGCCUCCUUUCUAACUGUAACUGUAAAAUGGGCUAUUCAAAGUGUGCCGACAAAAAUUAGAGGGUUCUGAUUUCCAUCAUUUUUAGCAGGAGGGGGGGAGGGGGAGGGGAGUUGUGCAGAUAAAAAAUGGAACGUCCAGUGAUAAACAUGUCAAAACUUUGAUUGGUGACAGUUUGUAGGGAACCCUCAUUCUCAAAAAACAGCUCAAGUAAGUUCAAAAGAAAAGUGACGAGUUUAAUACACUGAAAAUUAUUGAGAACGAACAGAAAAAUAACUAAUGUGCAGAGAAAGUUCAAAAACUAAGAAAAUUGCCACUACAGAUCUUAAAAUGAAAAAUGAAUGUGUGUAGAAAGCCAUGAUCAGCAAUGGUAGGAACAAACGCCUCAAAAAUGUCAUGAUUCUAUCCUUCCUUAGGCUUAUGUAGAAGAUUGUACUGUGAGAAUAAAACUGUAGUUAACUUGAAAUAUCAUGUCACUCGCCUAUUUGCAUGUAUUUUCUUAUUUUUUUCCCUUAUUGAGAGACGGACCCUUAAAAGUAACGUGAGCUUAGUUUGUUGCCGAUACUCCAGACAUUGGCCAAUCAUAAUAUGCAUUGUGAAGGCAAUGCAUGAUUCGUUCACUCUGGAUUUGGAACUAGUCUCUUAUGAUUUCAUCUCAGUCUGCUGUCCCCUUUGGUUCUUGGGUCACCAGGCUUUUCUGCUCGAGCAUGUGUCACCUCACCUCACCUUUUUAUUAUGUCUUAUUAGAACUAAUCUGUAAGGAAAAUGCAAAAUUGCAAAAUUGGUUUGAAAAAUCAGGAGUUUAAAAGAGUGGAGAUUUCAACAAGUCACAUCUGGUUUACAAUUAUAGUGUUUCUUAUUAGAACAAAGAAGGACAAUGUGCAGAAGCAAAUCCAAGGGAGCAACUUUCAGUUUGAAAAAUUGUGAUUUUCCAAAAAUCAGGCAUUCUAAAACUCAGCAUUCCACUGUAUGAUAUAUUUUCUUUUGGCUGCUCAGGUCCAGUGCAUCAGAAAUCAACAGAUAUUCUGCCAAUCCAGAUGUUGCUGGUGAGUCUGAACUAGGAGCACGAUCUGUCAGUCCAACAUCAGGGUACACAAGGCCUGGUAAACGGAGGAGAAGAUCUGAUAAAGACAACAUUCCACCAGGGGUUCGCAAGUUGCCUUCUCCUCCAACAACACUUGAGCAAGCUCAGAUGGAGUGGGAUCUGGUAGAGACUGUACAGCCAGGUACUAAAUGUAGGCCUUUUACUAAUAGUUUCCACCGCAAAGUGAAGGUUAUGGAUGCAAUGAUUUAACAAAGAAUGACAUAAAUAACAAAAUCCUCGUUGCAGCUUCACUAGACAGAUGAAAAAGAGACCCAGCCCUUUGGAUGCACUUAAUUGAUUUUGGGUAAUUUAACUACAUCUUACCACUUACUGGUGUUGUAAUUAUCUCUAGGGCACUCAUUCGUGAUCAGAGAUACAUGUUUCAUAAGAAUUAUCCUAAUCAACCAUGCUCCUAACUAAAAACUUUGCCCAAUCACCCACAAAGCAAAUUGACAGCCAAAAGUGAAUGUUCUAGUAUAAAAACAACAGGUGGUCUCAAACACAAAAAUCUUGGUGGUUGUUAGUAUUCCAUCAAGAUUACCACAAUCACCUACGUCAAAUUUUGCUAUUACAAUGUACGUAUGAGGAAAAAUUUUACGUGUAAGCAAUGGAGUGAGUGAGCAAGCAUGAGCAAAAGAAUGAAUUUGCCAUUGUGUUCAAUAACCCAUUCAUUUAAUGUGCAUUCCCGUAUUCACUGGUUUAAAAAAAUUGCCCUCAAUCUUUGCUUCUAACAUGUAUAGAACUUUUUACUACCAAAGAGGAACAGCUCUACAACAUUCUGUCAGUAAAAUAAAUACAACAAAGCCUGGAUCCAUGUGCAACGUAGCCAAAACAUCGGAUUUAUUUACUGUAGAGUUCCAGGAUUAGAUUCAUGUAUAACCUUCACUUGCUUUUGAACUCUUUGGUUGCAAAAACAUGGCUUUCUACACAAAACACUAAUUUUUCCACAUUCCACUUUAUUGACAGUUGAGUGUUCUAUAGGAUAAAAUAUUUACUUUCCCCUUCCAAUGAUAAAAAGGCAUGUUUUCUUUCUGAGGCAAUUGACUACAUGUACAAACCAAGGGCCUUGAUUCGAGUGCCAGUUUGGUGAUAUACAAAGUCAUACAUAUUUACAUCCAUUAAAUCUCAAAAGCGGCUUGCUUCUGGCACAGGCAGCCCAGGCUGGUCAGGUGCAGUGCACACAGCCUAAAAUAGUGGGCAGUGAAAACUGGUGGCUGCGCAACAAUUUCACCUGUACAUGACUUAGUUGUUGGUCAGUCAGUCAACUUGCUGUAUGGAAAAAGUUUAAAUUCAAGGUCUGUCAUUUUCCUUUUAGUUGUCUGGCAGCAAGUACAUCCACAAAAAAAGUCACAAAAAGAUGUAGAUUAUGUUAAGUUACGGAUCCCCCUCCACCCCUGACCUUUUGCUUGUUUCUUAAGAAAAAAUGGCCAUGAAGUUUUUUUAGCCCUGUGAAAUCCUUUGUAAUUAAGUAAUCUACUGGUGUAACAUGUUCUUUAGGACUCAUCAAUAAAAUAAACAUCUUCUCAGUUACGUUUUUUUUCAAUCCAUACUGUAAAUUACAGAAUCUUGACCUCAUUUCCCCCUCAGUCUUCUCACCAGGAUUUUGCCUUGGGGAGUCCCAGGCCCCCCUCUGUUGAGAAAUAGGAGCCCUGUAGAGUAGGGUUUGUCGGAUUAUGCUCGAAAAAUAGAGUAUUAUGCUUUCGGGCGUCACCCGUGAAACUAGGAUAUUAUGCUCAAAAUUAUGCUCGACUGGAAGUAUUGUACUCAAAUUAUGCCGGACUAAAAUGACACUUCCACCCCCCCAUAGGCCUGUAUCUAUUAAUAAACAUUCCUAGUCUUUCAUUUUUUAAAGAAUUGUUAGACAAUAAUUAUUCAGUUAAACAUUUGAUGAGCAAGCGAAAGGUCGGAAAUUGUGAGGCAUUGAAAGGCUUACUAUUAUGUCUUUCUCCAAUGAACUUAUAUAGCAAAAUGCACUGGGUAAGAGUCUAACGUAUCAAGUUAAAAUAUUCCCACUUUUAUCAACUUUGUACAUUCUAGAGCGUCGCUAAGGGUGAGUUGCUGGCAAAAUUUGCAUACACCUCUCACAGUUUUCAGAAACAGAGGCAUUAUGCUCCAAAAGUAUUAGUAUUAUACCAGCAUUAUGCCUGAUGCUCCAGAUAUAGUAUUAUGCUCAAAAUUAUGCCGGCAUAAUCCGGCAGACCCUACGUUAGAGAAGGGCAAAGUAUGAAUAACCUGAGCCCGCAUUCCAAAAUGAUCUUUUACAUGAAGUACCUACCUGAUCCAAUAUGGCUGACAGGGUGUAACGAUGCAUGCACCAAUCUUCACAAUGUACAUGGGACCAACGAAAGUUAAGGAAAUAGAAUAAUUAUAUUUAAAGAUUUAAAGUCUUUAAUUAUUAAAGACUUUAAAUCUUUUGAUAUCAUGUUUUUUAUUCUUUCGACCAAGCAAAAUGCUGGGGUGUUAGGUUGACCAUUAAAACUACUUAACUGUAAAUGUUAUAAGGUCCAUUUGACUCAUGAAUGAAUAGCAUACCUCUGCGCCCUAACAGGCACACCUUUUUGGCUUUUUAUGCACCAUCUCAGAUUUUCUUACGGGAAUCAAGGCUACAAGGCCGCGGUCUGGUGAGAACACUGCUCCCUUGAAUUAGGGCCUAAUUGCCCCUAUUGCUUCAGCCAUAAAUCUGACCAAAAAAGACACAGGACUCGUUCUGAUAAAGUUGAGCACCUUGCAGGGCCCCAUACUUUACUGCGAGAAAUUAGUGGCUUAUCUGCUACCACUGGCUUUGUUUGUGUGGUGAACUGUACACAUUCUCAAUAAAUGGUGGGGCCAUGUAUGUUUUCAACCAGUUUUACGGCUUUUUGAAGAGAUGAAAAGAAUACAGAAUAAAUUUCUCAAAUCAUGAUCCUGUUCAUUUAUUGAAGAACUUAGUUGUUGUUUGUUUGAUGUGUUUGUUGUUUUUUGUUUGGUUGGUGUUUUUAUAUUUAAGGUUGUUAAGUUGCUUGACAUCUGUGUUACAGGUCAAAAUUGAAUUCAGGUUAAAAUUUUAAACCUAGGCUGAUUCUCAAUUUCCUUUGCCUCCUAGCCCUGAUUAUUCAUGAAUUAAAGCUAUAGGGCAAAGGAAAUUGAGAAACACCCUCUGAACUUAAUUUUGGCUGGUAACAUCUAUUCCAGUUUUAUUUAAUCAAAAAAAAUAGUGGGUAACUGCCAGUUCAUAACCAAAUUUACAAUAUUUUUUAUUAUUGUGGGCUAAAUCUAAAACCAAGCAAGAUGAAGAGAAUACUGAGUUCUGAUUGGCUACUCAAGCAGCUAGAAAAAUGUCUUUUUUUGGCCAGAUAAUAAAUCAUUUAUUGGCCAAACUUGUUUUGUCAAGAUGGCCUCAUUAUUUUUUUUUGCGUUUUUAGUGAACUUGACUUCAUCUUGUCCCUUUAAAAUGCAAAACAGAACUUGGCCAAUAUCCAGCUAUUUUGACUGCAUGCUUGGUCAAUAACACUUAAACCCCUUUCUCUUCUAAAGCAAACUACAUGUGUGUUAAGAUGGUUUGUCCUUCCAUCUCUUUACCUGUGGACAAAAUCCUAUCUUAUUUAAUACCGUUCAAAUCAAACCCCUUUGGAUAAACUUUUCAAUAGUACUAGAUGUACCAUUACUGAAAGAAAUUGAUUCGAGAUGUUUGUUUGUUUUUUUUUUAAUUUCUUACUUAAGCCACUCGUAGGAGUAAAAGGGUUAAGAAAGAGGAUGGUAAGCCUGUGAUGCCACAUUUACACCAGUGACUGUCUGUUGUAUUUAAUAGGAAAUGGCCAGGCUGGCAGUCGUUCUCCUCUCACUACUUUCCAGGAUGCAGUGCGUCAUUGUCAAACAGCAAGCUAUCUUGAACAGCACAUGUCGCACAUCAAACCAACAAUUAAACACCGUGGCAUGGCUGCUGUGACCAAUAAACUGUUUGGACCUCCAUCAAUGAACAGUAGCCUUCAUAUGGAACGAAACCUCAUCUUUGCACUUGCACUGUGCAUGUUCAAGAAUGAUGAGCCCAUGCACAAUCAUGUGCUGCAAACCAUAUAUAAGAAACUGACAGGAACAAAGCUUGACUGUCCUCGCUAUGGCAACCACUGGGAGUUGAUUGGGUUUCAAGGUGCACAGUUUACGUGUAUAUUUUAUGCAUGGCAAAAAUGGCCAUAACAAAGUCAAAUAAAAGUCUCAGUUCUUAGCAACAGCAUUGAAGAGAACAGGAAAUUUGUGUACUUCCAAUUUUAUUGACACUGGUUCCGUGAUGAAGGUGGUGUUGUUAUGAAGAAUUUUGUGUGAUUUUCGUAAAUUGAUUUUCACAUGCAUAAUGUAAGACUAUACUCUAAGGAGCCCAGUGUUCUGAGCCUGUGUAAUCCACAGUGCCUACAUAUGAUUGUUAUGUUGAAACUGAGACUUGUUUAACCUUCACAGGGAACACUGUUUUGCAUUGCUCUAGGAAAUCUUGCAUGGCAUACGCAACCUGUAGAUUAGUCAGUUAUUUGCUAGCAGAUAACUAACUAAUAUGCAGUUUGCGCUGUGAAUUUUGUAUUAAGUUUUCGCCACGUUUGCAUGUUGGAUGCCUAGCAGAUAUCCUGUAGUCACCUUCUGCCUUCUUGCAAAAACAAGUGCAGUGAUGCUCAUUAUGAUUAUCAAUGGAAGGUAAUGUGUAUGAUUUAACUUAUUAUAAAAUUCCCUUUAUUUCUUUAAAGGACUCGACCCAGCAACAGAUUUACGUGGAUGUGGAUUUCUUGGUUUACUGACAACACUUUACUUAGUGACAGAACAUCGGACACAUGGUCUCGCUGUGGACAUUUACAAGCUCUCUCAACAUGAAACACAGAACUUCCCAUUUGCCAUCAUGUCUAUCAACAUCACAAGAAUAGCACUUCAAACACUCAGAGAGGGAAAAUUAAAUAAGUGAGUAGUCAUUUUUGGUUACAAGCCAUUUACUUCAAAGUCAUUUCGCUAGGUUACAGUUGAUUCAAUCUGUUUCGUUGUGAUGUACUUUAUGUAUUUGUAUCGAUAAGAAAAAGCCUUUAAUGUAAAGACCUACCCCAACAGAGACAGUCGCCUGUGAGCCAGUCAGGAAAACCGGGAUAGCACGGCUCAUGUCUUAUUUUUCCAUGCAAUUUUUGUCGUCUUAAUUCAGAUGGCGGGCUGGGCUGCUUGCGUUUAGAGUCGUGAAUUAUUGAAAAAGUCUUAAAAUUUGCAUCGAGAUUUUCCAGACCUGGAAAAAGUCUUGAAAAUAGAGAUAAAUUCUGGAAAUGUGGGAACAAUUCUGGAGUUCUCUCUUUCAGGGAAUGCAAUCGUCGUAGUCAAGUUCUGCCCGUCUUUUCGGAGUUCUACGCAGCAAUUUACCUUCAUAUCUACCAAGUUUGGAAGCAUCAGCAUAAGACUAUCACUGACUCGGGAUUUGUACUAAGGGAAGCAGAAAAGUUUGCCAAGAAAAGACCUCGCGAACUUCUCAGAAACUUGGAACGGGUGUUGACAGAUCGUCAGAGCUUUAUAAAAGCCGACGAAGACAAUUUUUCUCCGAAAGCGAAACAACAAGUUAUUAUGGACAGAUUUGCGGGAGUUUGUGACUUGAAAGUGGACGAAGAGGAAGAAGUUCACUUAGUGUAGAGUCUAUACUCACAAAGAGAAUUCCAAGUAUACGAUAGUGGAUUGACGGUCGUUUGUAAUCAGACACAAAAAAGCCUCUUAUUCUCUAGUCCAUUCUUUAAAUACUAUGUCACCAUUCCAGCCACGCAUAGACGCUACAUUAUGCACCUCUUAAGUACUUACAGAAUACCUGAUACGAACAGAGAGCCCGUGUCUGCUGCGACAAAGAUACUGUACUGCUAGCUGCGAGUCGCCAAGGUUUCAAAUACUGCACAUGGUUUAUUUCGUCCAAAAUGUACAGAAAUACAGAAGAUAUAAAAAUUCGAAGUCUACGUAAAGAUAUCAACAGGAACUACAAUCAGUCAAGAAAUGUGAAAACAAACCGUAAAUAACAAUAAUAUUCACGUACCCGUUGGUGUCUCUCAAGUUUCGCAACUAGUAGUAAUGAUCUUACUAAUCAACGAUUGUUACGUCAUGUCAUUAGUCGUGAUUAUAUCACGCAUGAAUUUCGUGUUAUACCGAAACAGAUACUGCUGUAUGAUUUUACGUUUGGUACAUAAAAUGAAAUGUUGUGUUGUAACCACAGGCAGAUCGCAUUUAGUUCGCGUAGCCGUUAUUAUUGAAAUCUGAGCAUCGAUGUAUGCAGUGGUAUAGAAGACAUACAGAGGAUCACUGCAAUGGUUCCAGCUUGCUCCAAAUUUAGACCUGA